AUCGUCGCCACAUAUGCCCCUGACGCUACCAUUGAUACUUCUGCCUCACAAAUCUGUACAUACCCGCUUGCUUGUCUUUUGUCGCGCAGUAUGACCUCGUCUUCGGUUUCCAGCGCUAUUUGUGAGCCCACGCCUGCGUCAUCACCAUCUCCAGCCGACAUGGAUACGGAGAACAUAUCGAAGUCGGUACUGGAGGAGGAAAAGCGCAUGAAGUUGCAGCGCGAGAAAAAUGACGCGAAACGCGACGCACAAUUAGAGAAAGAGAGGCAAGAAGACCUCAAGAGCGGCAAAGAGGUGCUGGACAAGAAAUUCCAGCAGCUGGAGUUUUUGAUGAACAAGAGCAAGCUCUACGCGACUGUCAUGUUAGCGCAAAUGCAGCGACAAGAAGAUGAAGAAAAGGCGCAAGAUGAAAAGACAGAUGGCCUGGCUUCGAAACGCGAAAAGAACGCCGACAAGGCAGCUGUCGAAUCUCAGCGACGUGCUACACGCGGUUCUGCAGCAAAUGGCACAUCCGAAGCUCGCAAACAAGAGGAAGAUGCAGCGUUCAAGAAGAAGGGUCGAGGCAAGCCAAAAAAGCAGGAUGCGAAAAUUUCAGGCUAUUUCAAGAAGGCGGACCUAGAGAAGAAGACGGACCAGAAAAAUGUGGCAGACGCGCUGAAGGCAGCUGCGGACGAGGACAACGUGAAACCAGGCGAUGUUGGUGUGCAAAACUUGAAGUCAGCGCGUCAACCGAAACUCGUAGUUGGAGGUACAAUGCGAUCAUAUCAGCUGGAGGGCUUAGAGUGGAUGCUCUCCCUGUACGAGAAUGGUAUCAACGGCAUCUUAGCGGACGAGAUGGGCUUGGGUAAGACGAUCCAGACCAUAGCCAUGCUUGCGCAUCUGUGGGAGAACAAGUCCUAUGGCCCCUUCCUAGUUGCAGCGCCCCUCAGUACAACUAGCAAUUGGGUAGCCGAGUUUGAGAAGUGGACGCCGAGCAUACCAGUCUUACUAUACCACGGUGAUAAGAAGGAACGCGAGAAGUUGCGGAGGACUAAGCUCAAGAGCCCAGGAACAGACCAAUUCCCCGUCGUAGUCACAAGUUACGAGAUCUGCAUGAACGAUCGCAAAUACCUCACCGGCUUUGGUUGGCAGUUCAUCAUAAUCGACGAAGGACAUCGCAUCAAGAACCUUGACUGCCGUUUAAUUCGCGAACUCCAACAAUUUCAAUCCGCAAAUCGUUUGCUCAUCACGGGUACACCACUGCAGAACAACCUCACAGAAUUGUGGUCUCUACUACACUUUCUUCUACCAACGGUGUUUGAUAAGCUCUCCACAUUUGAGAGCUGGUUCGAUUUCUCGAGUCUGAAAGACAAGUCUAGUUAUGAACAACUGUUAUCUGAAGAGCGACAGCAGUACCUUGUCAAAUCGCUCCACGCUGUUCUGAAGCCCUUUUUACUACGACGAGUCAAAACAGAUGUCGAAAGCCUCAUGCCUAAAAAGCGCGAGUAUGUUCUCUACGCACCACUUACAACCAUGCAACGCGAGUUGUAUCAGGCUAUUCUCGACGGCACUAGUCGGCCGUACCUCGAGGAGAGAGCAGUCGAGCGACUUAGCGUCGGGCUUGCAAGUAGAGCAGCAACACCUCUCAGCAUUCACAGCAAGAAUGGCAGCCGGAAACGCAAGAGCCCCUCAAGUGGUAAUAGUACGCCCAACAAGAGCGCAAAAUUAUCGCGUGCGGGUACACCUGCAUCUGUCGCCUCGAGACGUGGCCGUAGCAAGUCAAAGCGAAACUACGAGGAGGUCAGUGAUGACGAGUAUUUUGCCGAACUGGACAAGCCAGAAAGCGAGGAUCUGGAGGAAGAGAUAGAGUUGGACUCUGAAGCUGAAGAGGAGAGGAUACGCGCUGCAACAUUCGAGAUAGCAAAGCGCCAACUUUUGCAGAAGAAGCUCGGUAACCCCAUCAUGCAGCUCCGCCUAUGCUGUAACUCACCUUAUAACUUCUUCAAUCCUUUCCUCAAGGCCGACACGGAUGAUACCGAGACCUUUGCGUCCGAGACAGAACCUGACGAGACCCUUGUUUCCACAUCCGGGAAGAUGUUACUUCUUGACUCCCUUUUACCUGAGCUCCUACAACGAGGCCAUAAGGUCCUCAUUUUCUCCCAAUUCACAACCAUGCUCGAUCUCCUCGGCCAAUAUCUUGAUCUGCGCUCUUACAAGCACGCCCGUAUCGACGGCUCAGUCGCGCAGUCCGACAGACAGGCUCAAAUCCUCGCCUUCAACAAAGUCAACACUUCCAAGAACGCAACAAACGUCUUCAUUCUAUCCACCCGUGCCGGCGGUCAAGGCAUCAAUCUUGCCGCCGCAGAUACCGUCAUCUUGUUUGAUUCUGACUGGAAUCCACAACAAGAUCUGCAGGCCAUGGAUCGCGCACAUCGCAUUGGACAAACGCGCAACGUCAUUGUAUAUCGGUUCGCAACACGUAAUACCGUGGAACAGAACCUCCUCGAAUCUGCAGAAGCAAAACGACGACUAGAGAAACUCGUCAUCCGGAAAGGCGGUGUCCGCAACGACAACGGAAAAGGGAAAGGUGUGGACAAAGAACAGGAGGUUGAAGAACUGCAGAAGCUGCUCCGGAGGAGCGAUGGUGAGAAAUUUGAUAUUGAGGGGGUUGAGACGGGGAAAUUGCUGGGUGGUGAGGAGUUGGAGAUCUUGUUGGAUAGGAGUGAUGAAGCGUAUGAGAGAGCCGAGAAAGGGUUGGAUGUUGGAGGCGAGGGGAAGGUGUUUCAGGCUGUGGGGAAGAGAGAGGAGGGUGCGCUCAUGGAAGGGCUGAGGGCAUGAGUAGGAUGAUUGGUGUCAUGUAUAGUCAAAUACACUUGAUGUUAUCAGGCACACACUCAGGCAUGUUGACGGUUUGAGAU